GAAAAGAUCCGUUCCGGAAUCGGGACAAGGUCUUGCUGUGUGUAAGCCCUACCUGGUCACGCUGCUGGAGCAGAAACAAGAGCUUUGGGAUGUGAAGGGACAGGAGUCAGGAAUCAUGUCCCCAGAGAAUCUUUCUGACUGUAACAACUCUGUAAAAGACUUUGAUCAACACCCAGAACUUACCAUCCGGCAAUGUGUGCACAGAGAGAAGCCGUACAAGCAGGAAGAAUGUGAUGACUCAGCUUGCGAUCAGCAUCUCAGGGUGCAUAAAGGAGGCAUGCCCUAUGAAUGCAAAGACUGUGGGAAAGCCUUUAAAUACCGCUCGGUCCUCUACCAACACCGCAUCAUUCACACGGCCGCAAGACCCUACAAAUGUAAAGAGUGCGGCAAAGCUUUCAAGAGAAGUAGAAACCUCGCUCAGCACCAGGUGACACACAAGAGGGAGAAACCACACAAGUGUGAAGAGUGCGGCAGAGCCUUUUCUGCACUUUCUGUCCUUACUCAACACCGCAUCACCCACACCGGAGAGAAGCCCUUCAAGUGUAAAGAGUGCGGCAGAGCCUUUAAAUAUAACUCGACCCUUACUCAGCAUGAAGUCAUUCAUACUGAAGCCAAACCCUACAGAUGUCAGGAAUGUGGCAAAGCCUUCAAGAGGAGCCACACGCUCAGUCAACACCAGGUAAUUCAUAAAGGGGAGAAACCGCACAAGUGUGACGAGUGUGGCAGGGCCUUCAGUAAGCACUCGUCUCUUACACAACACCAGGUCAUCCACACCGGAGAAAAGCCCUAUCAGUGCAGAGAGUGCGGGAAAGCGUUCAGGUAUCAAUCAACCCUUACCCGACACCACAUUGUUCACACCGGCGCCAAACCCUACAAAUGCCCAGAGUGCGACAAGGCCUUCAAUAACAGUUCGACCCUCAGUCGGCACCAGAUAAUCCACACAGGAGAGAAGCCCUACAAGUGUCAGGAGUGCGGCCGGGCCUUCUACUGCUCCUCCUUCUUGAUCCAGCAUAUGAAGAUCCACUUCGAGGAGAUGCCCUACAGGUGCAGAGAGUGUGGCAAGCCCUUCAGGCUCUCCUCCCAGCUUAUCCGACACCAGAGAAUCCACACCGGGGAGGAGCCCUACAUAUGCAGAGAGUGUGGCAAGACCUUCAAGUAUCAGUCAAACCUCACCCGCCACCAGAUACUUCAUACCGGCGCCAAGCCCUACAAAUGCCCAGAGUGCGGCAAGGCCUUCAAUAACAGUUCCACCCUCACCCGGCACCAGAUAAUCCACACAGGAGAGAAGCCCUACAAGUGUCAGGAGUGCAGCAAGGCCUUCUACUGCUCCUCCUACUUGAUCCAGCAUAUGAAGAUCCACUUUGAAGAGAUUCCCUAUAGAUGCAAAGAAUGUGGUAAACCGUUCAAGUGUUCUUCACAGCUUAUCCGACACCAGAGAAUCCACAGCGGGGAGAAACCCUAUAUAUGUAAGGAGUGCGGCAAGGCCUUCAACUGUACUUCAUACCUUACUAAGCACCAGAGGAUCCAUACCGGGGAGAAACCCUACGUGUGUCAGGAGUGUGGCAAGGCCUUCAACUGUUCUUCCUAUCUCUCUAAACAUCAGAGGAUUCACAUUGGAGACAGACUCUAUAAAUGUAAAGAGUGUGGCAAAGCCUACUACUUCUCCUCACAGCUGAACCGACAUCAGAGGAUCCAUACCGGGGAGAAACCCUAUGUGUGCCAGGAGUGUGGCAAGGCCUUCAAUUGUUCUUCAUACCUUACUAAGCACCAGCGCAUCCAUAUUGUAGAAAAACCGUAUGUGUGUAAAGAGUGCAGCAAAGCCUUUAGCUGCUCCUCAUACCUGACUAAACACCAGAGGAUCCAUGCUGGAGACAGGCUAUACAAAUGCACAGAGUGUGGCAAAGCCUACUGCUUCUCCUCACAGCUGAACCGACAUCAGAGGAUCCACACCAGAGAGAGACCCUAUAGAUGUAAGGAAUGUGGCAAGGCCUUUAUUACUUCCUCCUGCCUUAAACGACACCAGGAAACUCACACUCUCCAGACACCAAACAGUGUAUAGAAUUUGUGUAUAUGUGUAUGUGUAUAAUAAGCAAAGCCUUACUAGGAAGACAGUUGUUACCGAGUGUUUCAUAAAAGGGAAAAAACCCUGUUCUUGCACUUAGUGUCUUUAACAACUGCUGAACCUUCCAUUUGCACCAAAAAGGCCCAUCUAUGAGGGGAGACGAUACAGGUGUAAGGAGUCUGGCAAGACCUUUAAGUCGUGUGUGGUACUGUUUCAGAGUGUGUACUGAACAUCCCAUAGUUGAAAACUGUUACAGAUGUGAGAACAUGGCCUGGCCUUUGAUCACAGCUUUUCUUUUUUCUUUUUUUUUUUUAAGAUUUAUUUAUUUAUUUAUUCUGUGUAUGUGAGUACACUGUAGCUGUACAGAUGGUUGUGAGCCUUCAUGUGGUUGUUGGGAAUUGAAUUUAGGACUUCUGCUCGCUCUGGUUGGCCCUGCUCCCUCGGUCUCUGCUCGCUCUGGCCCAAAGGUUUAUUUAUUAUUAUACAUAAGUACACUGUAGCUGUCUUCAGACACACCACAAGAGGGCAUCAGAUCUCAUUACAGGUGAUUGUGAGCCACCAUGUGGUUGCUGGGAUUUGAACACAGGACCUUCGGAAGAACAGUCAGUGCUCUUAUCCCCUGAGCCAUCUCAACAGCCCGAUCACUGCUCUUCUUUAUUGGACAGUAGCAAAUUCAUAUUGGGAAGAGUAUUGUCCUAUGUCUAACCCUCAGAACAGUCCAACACUAUACUACAAAUUCCCUCAUAAAAUGAAAAGAUUGACAUUUCACUAAUACCUCAACAAAUCUUUUUAUUACAGACAGGAUCUCUGUAAUAGCCCUAGAACUCACUCUGUAGACCAGGCUAGCCUCAGACUCACAGAGAUCUGCCUGCCUCUGUGUCCAGAGCACUGGGACUAAAGACAUGCACCCCCAGGCCCAGCCCAUACCUCAAAACUUGGUGUAUACAAAAAAUUAUCGUUGGGCAGAAAUCUUACAAAUAUGUAGAAUGUGGCAAAAUUUUGAACUGCUGCUUAUCAUUAAUAAAUGGGUGGAAAGACUAUAUCACAGGUGUCAGAGUGAUUUGAACUCAUCUUUGAAAGGAUGGAAUUUGUUUUACAUCCAAAUUUACUAAGUAACCUCACUUUAAAAACUAUACAAAGCUCAGCCCUCAGGCCAUCUCAGCAGAAAAAUAAUCCUGCUUUCUGAGAAGUUUUAAACCGUUCUUUUUCUAGAGAGCAUAGAAUUGAUUUUGAAGAACUGUGUAUUAUGUAUAGACUUUAUUUUAGUACAUACAUGGAGUGAAUGGUUCUUCACUUGUUAUCUCUGGUAUGUGUUGUUUGACAUGUUAUUUUGUCACAGAGAUCAAACCGCCUUACCGUAGCAUGUACAUACAGAUCUUAGUAAUAUAUUGUUGAGAAAUACUGAGUGAUUGGUAGUUCUUGUUCCCAAUGUCUUUAUCCCUCAAACAGAUGUAUAGAUUUGGAGAUUUUUUUUGUGUAUGUGAUAUUUUAAUCCACCCUUUUUGCACUUAACCCAGAAAUUACAAAGGAUGUGAAAGUAUAAUAAAGUGUUCUAGCUUUCUGAAGCUCAAGUCAUUUAUACAUUUGGUUUUUUGUCACAUGGUUUUUAUGCACACAUCACCCCUUUGGAUAUAUACAAUGAACACCGAAUUGUUGGUAUUCGUUUGUGUUGACUGUGACGUAAAAUCCCAUGGCAAACCUUAGGAGUGAAAGUACAAAAGUUCUCUCUGCUCGUGGGUAAUGAUUAAAAAUUAAAGGAAAGUUAAAAACCAAAAAUCACUUUAAGGGAGCUGAUAUUUAUGGCGAGGUAGAAAGCUUUUGUUUGGGGGAAUAAAGUCUAUUUUGUCUAAAUGG